UCCGUCCCGGCCUCGUGCGGCGGUGCCGGGACAGAGCGGGACAGACCGGGAUAAACCGGGACAAACCGAGACCCCCCGGGACAGACCGGGACAAACCGGGACAAACCGAGACCCUCGGGACAGACCGGGACAAACCGAGACCCCCGGGACACGCCGAGACUCCCGGAGACGCUCCGGGAUCCCCCGGACUCGCCGCGCCAUGAGCGCCCCGGCCCCGCGGGGCCGCGGGAUGCUGUUCGCCGAGACCCAGCUGCGGCGGCACGGCUGGCGCCGAGGACAGGGGCUGGGCCGCCGAGAGGACGGCAUCGCCGAGGCCAUCCGCGUGAAGGUCAAGUGCGACACGGCGGGGGUGGGACACGACGCGGCGGAGCCCUUCACCUUCCACUGGUGGGACCACGUCUUCAACAAGGCCGCUGCCAACAUCGCUGUGGAGGCUGGGCAGGAUGGCAUCUCUGUGAAAGCACUUUCUGAGCAGGGAGGCAGGAUCAGCAAUAAGAAGCCCCGCAAGGCCAACAACAGCGGGAGCCUGCUGUACGGCCGCUUCGUGAAGUCAUCCACACUCACAGCCUGCGGGGAGGAGUCUGUGACAAUGCCUGCCAGCUCUGAGAGCAGUGAGGAGGAGGAGGAGAAGCUGGACCUCUCUUCAGUCCGGAGGCUGACGGACGAGGAGCUGGUGCAGGCGUGUGGGGGCCGCACAGCGCACAAGGGUGCCCGUCACGGCCUGACCAUGAGUGCCAAGCUGGCGCGCCUGGAGGAGCAGGAACGAGCGUUCCUGGCCACAUACCGGCAACGGGAGCGGCAGCAGGAGCCCCCGGAGAGCAGCCAGGGCAAAAAGAAGAAAAGGAAACGGCCCAGGGAUGGAGCCAACCCCGAGGUGCCACAGAGCCAGGAACCAAAGAGAGAACAGGAGGAGGUGUUGGAAGAAAAGGUUGUAAAGAGGAAGAAAAAGAACCAGAGGCCAAGCGGAGAAGAGGAGCUGACGGGAGAGGAAGAGGUCAUGAGAAAGAAGAAGAAGGUGGUCAUGGAGCCAUGUGGAGAAGAGGUAUCAGGAGAGAACGAGAAAGUCAUGAAGAGGAGGAAGAAGAAGAAGCCAGAGCUAAGUACAGAAGAGGAGGUGGUAGAAGAGGAGGGAAAGGCUGCAAAGAAGAGAAAGAAAAAGAAGAAACAGGGAGAGGAGAACAGAGAAGAGCCAGCUGAAACAGACGUACCUCUACAAGACACAGAUGAGCCAAACUUGGGACACAGCCCUACAAAGAAGAGGAAGAAGAAGAAGAGGAAGAGAGAGCCAGAGUGAGCAAGUGACAUGGUUGCCAUGCUGGCCAGUCCCACCUGGCUGUAAGAGUCCUGAUCCCGGUGUUGGUGGGUGCCGUGGGGUGCUCUGAGCUUGUUCCAGAUGGAGCCCAGCACUGUGGCCCAGCUGCAUGGGCUAAAGCAAGUUGUUCUGGAGCUGUAUCAAGCUUCACUUCACCACCUGAACCUUCAGGGGUGACCCUGGUUCCCCCCAGACCCUGGGGCAAGGACUCAUUUGCCAUGGGCCUGUCACAGAGGGACACGAGGACAGCACCCUGCAGAGUACUGAAAUACUUUUUUUCAAGGGCAUGAAUAAAUCUUUAUUGUAAUCAGAUUA